AUGAACAAAUCACUUUUCUUAUCUCUACCGGUAGAGAUUCGAGACCAAAUCUACAGCUAUGUUCUAAUUGGUCUCGGUCCAUCUCGUCACAAGACUACACGCUGUGGUCCAGCAUACUACAUACAUGACUUCUGUUUGCGACCUUCACCAGCUGCUCGAAAGCUGAGGUAUCCGGACAUUCAUGCCAUAACCGCACGCGACCAUCCUCUUCUGAACACUUGCCAUCAAAUCGCCAAUGAGGGCUUCGACUUGUUCUUAAGCAAUAACGAAUUCAUUCAGGAUAUCCUUGUGACAAGUCUGACCACCUCUGCCUGCAAAUUCCUGAGUCUCUUCAUCAAAGGCAUCGGAGACAGAUUGCACCUAGUCCGACGAAUGGGACUCGCCAUCGAGGAACCUGACGAGGAUUUGCUGGCUAAACUCAUGAAUUGGCUGGUCACGGUCAGCAUUGCAGAAAGAAUUAGGACAGGAGUCAUGAUCUUGCGGGUAAAAAUCACUCGACCGACGAAAUCCCCUCCACUUUUUGAACCUACGGGAGAGUCUUGGACUAUCGCACCAAAAGAUGAAAGUCUGAUGGUGCUGAAUAUCGUUGCUGGUGAUGAAAAGGCCUCAUGGACAGAAUUUGAGAAGAGCAAAAAACUUGACUGGGAGGGUCGUCAAUGUGGAGCAGACCGAGUGCUCAGUUCAUGUCGUGCCGCAGGUAUGGAAAGUGUGAAGGACCGUGAAAAGGCAUGGCGAGAAGAGAGAAGAGUUUGGUGGGAAGAGACUUGGCAGACAAUGCGGGAGAAGUAUCAGGGCUGGCUGGAGAUAAUGGCCGACCUAAAGCAUAGGCCGAAGGUCGUUGUAGGUUGUGGUGACGGAGAGAUGGGCGUGCGAAGAUCGAGGAUGGGACACAACCAAACAAGUUGA